AUGGUCCCAGAUGAAUAUAUCACGCACCCAACCACUUACGCCUCUCUCUAUUUCUCUCUCUCUCUCUCUUUCUCUCUCCCUCUCACACACACUCAUUUUUCAGGUUAUUUCUCUACCUCUAUCUCUUAUUAUCACUCACUCACUUGCUCUCACGCACACACGGACUGUCUCUCUUUCCCGUUUAUCUGCUUGACUUUCUCUCCAUCCCUCUCUCUCUCUCCUUCCCUCUCUCUCCUUCCCUCUCUCUCCUUCCCUCUCUCUCCUUCCCUCUCUCUCUGUCUCCGUCUCUGCUGUCUUCCUCAUCUGCACUUGGCACUACCGCAUCUGCAUUCGCUGCUUCAUAUUCUGCGGCUACCCCAUCUGCACUCGCUGCUUCCUUAUCUGCAAACGACGCUUCCCCAUCUGCACACGCUGCUAUUCCAUCUGCACUCGUUGUUUCCUCAUCUGCACUCGCUGCUUUCCUAUUUGCACUCGCUUCUUCCCCAUCUGCACCCGCUGCUUCCUAUUCUACACUCGCUGCUUCCACAUCUGCACUCGCUGCUUCCUAUUCUACACUCGCUUCUUCCCCAUCUGCACCCGCUGCUUCCUAUUCUACACUCGCUGCUUCCACAUCUGCACUCGCUGCUUCCUAUUCUUCUUCAUCUACACUCGCUGCUACUCCAUCUGCACACUGUUUCCCCAUCUGAACUGACUGCUUCCUCAUGUCUGCACUCGCUGCUUCAUCAUCUACACUUGUUUCUGUCCUGUCUGCACUCGCUGCUUCAUAUUCUGCACUCGCUGCUACCCCAUCUGACACGCUACUUCCUCAUCUGCAAACGACGCUUCCCCAUCUGCACUCGCUGCUAUUCCAUCUGCACUCGCUUCUGCUAUUCUCGCUGCUUCCAUCUAUCUGCAAACGACUUCUUCCCCAUCUGCACUGCUUGUUUCCCAUUCUGCUGCUUCCUAUUCUGCACUCUUUUUUUCUUCCUCAUCUGCAUCUGCACCCGCUGCUUCCUAUUCUACACUCGAUGCUUCCACAUCUGCAUUCGCUGCUUUCCGAUUUGCACCUGUUGCUUUCUCAUAUGCACACGUUGCUAUCCCAUCUGCACUCGCUGCUACUCCAUCUGCACUGGCCACUUCCUUAUCAGCACUCGCUGUUUCUCUAGUCACACGAACAUAAUGAAUUUACUUUUAAUCAUUUUUCCGCUACACUCGCUUCUUAAUCGUCUUGAAAAGUUCCUGAGUAUUUUUAUCUUCUUCUUCUUCUUCUUCUUCUUCUUCUUCUUCUUCUUCUUCUUCUUCUUUGUCACUGAAACCAAUUUCCACAAUCUCAUCUCUUCCUUUGUUUGUUAUUUCCACUAA